AAUUGUACAAUAGUACUGAACGCCCGGUUUUGCAGUUUCUUAUUGCUUAUUGCUUCGACAUUAGAACUGAAACCAAUAAUUAAUGUAUCUGCUGCGUGACAGGGUUUAAGUAACUUCAGUGACACGCAUAAAUAUUCAUUGUAAAAAUGAAUAACUCUGCUGCGAAGGUUGGAGAGAUAUUUCGGGAGGCCGGUACAGCUUUUAACAAGCUUUCUGAAAUGACUAUGCUGUUACAUCCUGUUGGUGACUCGCAGCCUGGAGGCAAGUGGACAGAUGAGGAGAUAGAAAUGCUCAGGUCUUGUGUACACCGGUUUGCUGUGGACCUCAACAAGCUCAGCCAGCAUAUCAAGAAUCGGACUGUAACACAAAUCCGUACUACUCUAAAGAAGAAGGCUUUUGAAGAUGCAGGUAUACCUGUCAGGCAGGUAAGCAGUACGGUGACCAGCCACAGCCAGCCUCCCCAACCGCCUCAGGUAGCCAAUCAGUCUCCACUCAGAGCCCUCAACCAACAGACGGUGUUAGGAAAAAACGCAGAGGUGACGCUGAACAUGCUUAACGCCUCGGAGAACGAGGUGGAUGUGGAGGGCCUCGGCGGCGACGUCAAGCUGGAGUUCGAGGCCAGCAGCGAGGAGGUGGCCACCUGAAACAUGUUUGGCUUUUCCUUCUAUUAAGCAGGAAGGCUUUAAAACGCACCCCAAUAUAGACUGAGUGUGUAUACAAGACAACCUUUAGUGCCAAUCGCGUGAGUUUACCCGCUCCAUUUUAACUUCCAACCUUUAUUGAUUGAUAUCAAUAUCUGAUGAUAUUGUGUAUUUACUGGCGGCUCCGUUAAAUUGUUAUUCAAACUGCAUCAGCAUUGUUAGUACCUAAAGGCGUUAGCAAGCAACCGUAUUUCAUCAUCGUAAGUGGCUCAGUUAUUUACGAUUUCGAAUAUCCUAUUUCCUAGUAGUGAUGUACUAUAUUUGAGCUUACAAUGCUAGUGAAUACUAUGCAGGAAGCCAGUACCAUGUUGCAUUACUCUUCAGAUUAGGCCGUAUAUCACAAUCAAACUAGGACAAAGGCCGAAAUCUCUAGAACAGCCCUGAAGUUUGUUAUGUAUGUUAAUAAAAGGUCCUUUCGUGUUCAGACCAUCGGACAUUUGGGGACCUUGCGGAACCGCCGCCAUCUUGGAAAAUUUGUUUCAUCCUUUAGAAAUUCGAUUGUGCUGUCAAUAACAUAGACCUGAUGUCCAUUGCCGGACAGUUUUAGUAGGUAGUAGUAGGUUUGCCAUAGCUUUCGUGAAAUAUUAUGAUUUAUGAGAAAAUACCUAUACCUAUAGACGCUACAAUUUAGAAAUCCACCUUGUCAGGGUUGUCUUAAUUGCGCACUGAACUCAUUGUAAAUAAUAUAAAGGGAAUCUAAGGGGCGUGUGUUAAAAACCAAAAGACUGCUUCAGUGUUAGUGUACGGGUAAUGAAAUAAUAUAGUGUGCGUUGGUGACAAGUUAAUAUCGGGUGACGGGAAAUUCUAAGGCACAAAAAAGUGAAAGUGCACCAUGAAAACAUAAUUAAUGUGAAACAGUGAGCUGUGAGAGAAUCAGGAUUUCUGCAGGCUUGAAUUUAGGCAAUUUAGGCAGGGUUUAUGGACUACCUGAAAACCGGUAAUUGUGUGUAAAGAGUUAGCAUCAAAUAAAUAGUGACGGCCAAAAGUACCCAAAUGUAUCGGAACCCAUGCUUAUUUCUAUAGUAACAAAGGUGUGUUAUUAUAGGUACUAUUUGGCCACUUUGGUCGUCACUAUUUAUUUGAGGCUGACUGUACUAAUUUCACCUACAAUUAGUGUCAAUGAUAAAAAUGCAUGUUACUAUUUAGCGUUUUCUAAAAAGGAACAUGCCAUUUUGUACCUUUUUUGGAAUGCAUGAAACAAAAAUGUUAUUGUUCUCACCCACUUCUCACCUAAGUCCUCAUAAUUCUGAAAAAAGUUUAGUAUUACGUUAAAUAAUGCAUCCAAUUAUCUAUUCUUAGAUUAAUGUCGUAGAACUAAGUUAAUUGUAGUUAUUAUACACAGCAUGCUCCAUAAUAACAUCACAUCAUCUGCAAAUGCUGGAAAACUAAUUGGCCUGAAAUAUUAAUUUUAUAUGUUAGUGUAUCCCGAAUUUCGUUGCACGUAUGGUUUUGCUACUCAAAAAUGUGUAAUUGUUUGAUUUGUAAAAAAAGAUACAAAACUAGUAACCUGGUUUGACCUUCGACUUCCACAUUCUCCAUUCUAGAUAACAUUAAACUGUAGAAAUGAAAAGAUCAGGGUUUCUAAAUCUUUUCUCGAGUUGUAGAUAAUAUUAUUUUUAUAUAGGUAGAGUAUAUUUGCUCAUUACAAUAAUGAUAUUGCAUUUAACUAAAUGUUAAUCAAAUAAAAUAAAACAAAAUGCAGUCAUGACAAUAUAGUUUUUAUAUUAGGUAUAAAUGUAACAUAACUCAUUUUUAUGGACUUUUGGUACCAUUAUUUCCGAAAAUAUUCACUAAAACCCAUAUUUGUUUUGAAAGGCGUAUGUAACGUCACCACACACCAUAUGGUUAAAGCGAGAAAAAACAUCCCCACGAUUCAAUUAAAACGUGUACGGGAGGCACCUUAUUGUCUAAUAUUAAUUUUACCACUUUGUUGGCGGCGCGGACGGACGGACAGACAGACACGGUGGUUUUAUAGGGUUUCCUAGUUGGCUAUGGAGUCCAAAAAUUAAAAAAAUUGCAGUUUGGAAUCAUGGCGUUCAAUUUCUUGUAACUAGGUAAUUGUUUACCUCUGCCAUUUUGAGUGUUUUAUACGGGAACUUAACUUUCUUUAUGUAGUAAAUAAUACAAACAUGUAAGUACAAUGAGGGCUAAUGCGUAUGAAUUCGCCGCUAGGGGCGCUAGUGUUGAUGGUGGUCUUCGCAAAGUUCGAAAUGUCAAAUGUCACUUCAAUGACUGACAGCUGUUCUUUAGUCUUUUGGACCACCAUCAACAGAGGCGCUAACUGGUGAGCAAAAAAACGAUAGCCCUCAUUACAUGGUUGUAUUAUUGAUAAAUUAUUAAUUUUAAUAACAAAGCUUCCAUGAGACACAGACAUAUUAAAUAUACUAACAACGGGUCACUCACGUAUUUUAAGUCGAAAAACGCUCGACAAGUUGCACUCCGUACCGAGGAGUAUCAUCGGGAGCUUGCGUUGACGGUGACGGACCGGCGCAGACUGCGGGCCGCAGCCCGAUGACUCGACCCGGGCGCCGGUA